AAAAACUUUAUUUUUUUUUUUUUGAGGCUUUUUUAGGGGGGAGGGCAGAGAUUUAUGUUUUCUUUUGCAACAGACUUUUAUGGAAAUGUUUUGUACAAUUUCACAUGUGUCUUCUCAAUCGAAGAGAGUGGAGGGAGAAUCUUAAAUUCACAAGUUUUAAAAAUGAAUGUUAAAAAUUGUUUUAUGUGUAAUUGGGAGAAAAUAUCUAUCUAUAGAUAUAUAUAAAAGAAAAAAGGAGGGAGGACCACAGAGUCAGAAACAACUGAAAUGAUUAAACAAGGACUACCUGUUCUUAAAAGCUAUUUCCUUGACUGCUGGAGUGACUUGGCAGAGCUCUCUCUACCCUAGACAGUGCUAGAUAAAAAAUGGCAAGAUUCUUUCUCGGGACUAUUUGCAGAGUCUCCAAAGUUUAUCAUUCCUAGGAUUAGCAUUUCCCUGUAUUAUGUCUCCCUUUGAAUCUUACAGCACCCACUCCAGUGGAUCCUUGGCCUUCACCAUUUGAGUAUUCCCUGCAAAAAUGCAGAUUUGAAGCCAUCUAUUCCACUCAUGCUCCUGACCCAAGGAUGCUUUGCCCAUGUGCCAAUGGAGCACGACUGUCUUACCACAAACAGUGCAUCUUUUUUGAUCGGACAUUUACGGGAUGUUCCCUUUACACAACUUCUCCCACGUGAUUAUUGAUUUGCGAUGUGUUACAGCCUAGUCAUGCCCGCCAUGCCCCUCUCCAUGGUCCACUGAACGAUCCCCAAUUUUAAUACUUCAGCAACUGCCUGGUUCCAUGAUUUGCAAUCAUACACCAACAGAAUGUUCGGAAAGACAGGCCUCAAAGAUGGAAGAAUGGCUGAGCAAAUUUUGUUACACAAAUGUAAUGUGGUAGGAGUCUGAGAAGCCUGGGGAAACAUCUAUGAACUGACGAAAAUAAGCAUAAGGAAAACAAUAGGCAAUCACCACAGCAAUGCAAACUGAACGACUCUCCUUCCUACCUCCAAAAAAAGGAAACUCUACACUUUCUCAUUGUAAUCAUAAAAUUCAGCCCAAAAGAGUCAAGAAAAGAAACUGCCUUCUCUUUUCUGGGGAGGUGGGAGCCGAGGUAUGUGAAAUAGCAGAUGUACUUGUUCUGCUGCUUUUCAGCCCAGGCACAAAGUAAAAUGUGAAAGAUGAGGGAUACAUCUAAAAUGAAAGCCUCGUGAAGACAAAAAGGUCCACAAGAUUUUAAAAAUAAAAAUUAAUAAAACAGAAGGGUAAUCCUUUGUAAAAAGGAAAUUAGUAAUACCAAAAACUUCAAUUUCCCAGACAAUCUGGCCUCUCCUUCCUUUUCGAUGAUAGCAAUUACAUAAACUCACUGACUUUCCGCAGCCUAUUGGGGUAUGUGUAAGUCCAGUCCCAAAGGCCAUUGGCCAGGACUCCCUCCUCAUUGGUGGAAAGCGACACCCCGCCCCUUGCACAGGCCUCUCCACCAAUGAGGAGGAAACCUAGCUACUGGGAUUCGGUUUUUCCCGAUAGGGUUGGACAGAGGCCGCUAAGGGGCGCCAUAGGGCACAGAGCGCAGACUUGCAGUCAGGCACUCACAUGCCUGAGUUGCGUGACCCUGGGCAGGUCACUGUUGGUCUCAGUUUCCACUUCUGUAAAAUGAGUGCGAAAGAAAAAGCAAACCACUGCAGAGUCUCUGCCAAGAAAAUCCCAAAAGGGGUCAGGGAGGGUCAGACUGGGUCAUUUAGUUAACAUUUUCUAAACACCUACUGUGUGUAGCUCCCCAUUUGUGACCCCAGAAUUUGGGGGAAAGGCAGCUGACCUCCCAGAUCUAAAGCUCCGAGAUCAUCUAGUCCUCUGCCUCGUUGAGAGGGAGGAUCUUGUCCAAGGUCAUAGGGUCGCCCAGGGGGUUUUCCGCCAGACCGCACUAGCAGGGGCCCCCAAGGGGGUGCUCUUUUUGUCCCCAGCGCUUAGCACAUUGCCUGGACUGAUAAAUGCAUGAUGUCCGACUUAUAGAGGAGCAAUGACUAGCCCAUGGUCAUAAGAUCCGCACGGGACAAAGACGAGUAGAGUUAGGGGAUAGACACUCCAGAGGGGAUCCCGUUUCCCUCCCUCAAACCGGAGGAAUGCACCAGGCGCCCCUCCCCCUGAAGACUUGCGCCUGCGCCCUGCUGCACCCGAAGAGCGCAGCCCCGUGGCGGGCGUGCUCGUGCCCGCGCCCGGCCCCGCCCUGGCCGCGCCACCGCGACCCUCCCCCACCCCCCCAUCGAGGUGGCAGCAGCAACAGAAAGAUGGAGGUAAUGGAGCUGCUGAUGGCGUUGCUGCUGUUCGGGUUGUUCGCCCUGCUGGUAGUGGCGAUCGCAGCGCAGGGUCGGAAGGGCUGGUACAAGAGGUCCCGCAGCCACCGGGACGAUACAAAAUCCAACGGCAUCUCAUUCCCUAAAUGCCAAGGGCACAGAAAACAAAAGCAGCGGUAUCGGAAGGAAAGGCCUCAUCAGCACACUUUUACUCAUGCUCUCCUGGCUGCCGAACUGAAGAGCCAUGGCGGGAAUGUCACCAGCAUGGACUUCAGCAGAAAUGGUAAAUAUCUGGCCACCUGUGCCGAGGACCGCACCAUCCACAUCUGGAGCACCAAGGACUUCCUGCAGCGGGAACAUCGGAGCCUCCGCGUGAACGUGAAAUUGGACCAUGCGACCUUGGUGCGCUUCAGCCCUGACUGCAGAGCCUUGGUCACCUGGCUGGCUAAUGCGGAUACCAUCCGGGUUUUCAAGAUGAACAAGAAAGAAGAUGGCAGCAAUAGUUUCCAGCCCCUUGCAGAAGACUUUCCCAAGAAGCACAAGGCUUCAGUCAUCAACAUUGGCAUUGCUGAGACAGGAAAGUUCAUCAUGUCUGUCUCCAGUGACACGACCAUCAUCAUCUGGACCCUGAAGGGGGAAGUGCUGUCCAUCAUCAACACGAACCAGAUGAACAAUACCUACGCGGUCAUCUCCCCUUGUAGCAGAUUCGUGGGUUCGUGUGGCUUCACUCCAGAUGCUAAAGUGUGGGAAAUUUGCUUUAGCAAAAAUGGGCAAUUCCGGGAAGUGGCGCGUGCCUUUGAGCUGAAGGGCCACACUGCCGGGAUCCACUUCCUGGCUUUCUCCAGCGACUCCUGCCGGAUGGCGACCGUCUCCAAGGAUGGGAAGUGGAAGUUGUGGGCCACAGAUGUGGAUUACAAGCAGCAACAAGACCCCUACCUCCUGCUGACAGGCCUGUAUGAUGAGGCAGCCAUCAUGCCCUGCAUCUUGGCCCUCUCCCCGGAUGCCCAGGUCUUGGCUCUGGCCAGCAGCAACAACAUUCGGUUCUUCAACACAAAGCGAGGCGAGGAAGAAGAAAACUUUCACAAGGUCCAUGGGGAGUAUGUGGCUGAAAUGACCUUUGACACUACAGGUCGGUUCCUGGCUUCCUGUGGAGACAGAGUGGUGAGGAUCUUCCAUAACACCACGGGCCAGAGGGCUAUAGUGGAGGAGAUACGGGGGCUCCUCAAACGGGGCCCCACCGAAACUACCCGUCAGAGGCUGAAUCAGCAGCUGGUCCAAGCCCAGGCUAACCUCAAAAGGCUGGGGGCCGCGAAGGUCUGAGCAAGGAAAAGUUGGACUUAAGAAGGGAGCAAGGAGACAGGAGGGAUCCUUGCUGCACUUGCUCUUGCCCCCCUCCCUUGGUCUUUGGGUGGCUUUGAAUCGGGGCUUUUGGAAGGGGGACAUCAUAAUAGGAUCUCUCCUUUGUUUUCCCCCUUUCCUUGCCCCCCCACCCCCUUUUGUCUCACUACACAUUUUUGGGGCUGCAGACUAAAGCUAGCCACCCUCCACCAGCUAAGGCUUUGUCCCUCAGUCUCUGGAAACAUUCCAUAUUGACAUUCUGGCACUUGGAAAAAGUUCCCCUGGUUGUGUGACUCUAGGCCCUACUUUUUCUCCAAGGAAAGACCUUAGACCCAUGAGCCCAGUGUCCUAGCAGUUCCCUUUGGGCAUAGGUAGUAAUCAAUUGUGGUGCUUGAACCUGCUGUGGGUCCAAGGGACUGAUUCCAGCCAGACCUGGGUGUUAUGGGAAGAAAAGUGAAGGUAAUGGAGUCCCAGUGAUCGUUUUUCUUAUGGCAGCUCAUUUUAAGCAUGCUAAGAGGUAGACCAAAGCUGGGUAUUUAGAUAAGGACCAAUAUUUGUCGGAGGGCAGAAUGGGAAGGUGUUUUAUUUCCAAACAAUGGAGCUAGGGCCAAGAGUUGUGAAAGUGGGGUCAUUAUUUACCCAUGAAUCUUGGCUCGGGGGUAACCUGGGCAGGCCACUAGCUCUUCUGUUCUGUUCUCCUUCAUUUCAUCGUUUAUAAAAGAAAGGAUUGAUACCCACCUGUUAACCUACCUCACAGGGAUGUUGUGAGGGCGGAUGAGACCGUGUCAUGUUCUUCCAUUUUGGACAAAAGAUGCUAAAGCUUUGAA